UUUCAGGCCGUUUUGGCAGCUCUCUCUACCCAACACUCCACGUUUCCAAUUCCUAUUUAAAUCUCUACUGUUACGCAAUUAAUUCGAUCCCAAUUUUUUUUCGAUAAACCCUAGAAAUUUCUGUUGUUUUGCUCUUUUUGGUUUUCUGUUGUUUGAUUUUGCGAUAAUUUCAUCUCGUUCAUUCAGUUUUUUUUAUUAUGUUGAUUGCCGUGAGGUUUCAGCUCUGAGAAUUGUUGCGGCGGCGGCGGCGGAUUUUGGGGAUAAUGGGGAAUUGCCAGGCGGCGGCGGUGGCGGACGUGGUGGUGAUACAGCAUCCCGGCGGCGGGAGCAAGGCGGAGAGAAUUUCAGGUCCGGUGACGGCGAAUGAGAUCAUGAGUUCCAACCCUGGCCACUACGUUGUGCAGGAGGUGAUGUUUCCGGCGGAUACCCAGGCGCCGCCGGUGAAGCAGAUGAAGCUUCUCCGGCCGGGGGAUACCCUCGCCGUCGGACAUGUUUACCGACUGAUCUCCUUCGAAGAUGUGUUGAAAGUCUUCGCCGCGAAGAAGAGCGUCAGGUUAGGGAAGCUGUUGAAGGACAGCGUAUCCAUGGAGUCGGAUCCGAAUCGGGUCUCGGGUCCGGAUCCACAAGCGGGUUUUCCUAAGACCACAGAGACAGAGCACCACCAACUUGGCGGCGGUACUGGCCGGCAGAGGAGCUCCGGCCGGUGGAGACCAGCCUUGCAUAGCAUUUCUGAACUUGGAUAAGAAGAAGAAGAAGAAGAAGAAGAAGAA